AUGACCAGUAAGGUUUCUAUUUUCACAGAGCUGAGAGAAUCAACUAUUUUGGUUUUCGACUCGAGUUCUACCUCCAUCCAAGCACUUGUUCUGCUUUUACUGCUUUCGAGUUGUCACGUCGUCUGCCUUAAAGAGAUUUCGCUGCUCUACGAUCUAAAGCGGCGAGAACUGGAUCAGCGCGCUUGCGAGCUUGCUAAGGCUGAAGAGCGAUGCAAGCGUGCAGUUAAUACAGCCUUGCGCCAUUAUAAUGAAGUUCUCGCUGCCGAGCAGGCUGAGAGAGCUCGAAUAAAGAAACAACAUGACGAGGAUGAUAAUGCGACAGAGAUAGCCAAUUGCAUAUACAGCGAUCUCUUGACUGAAAAUCCGGCUCAAGCUACCUCGGCAUUUGGACCGCACAGAAUCUGUCCUGAUAGAUACAAGGGAUUGACACAGGAGCAGUUGGAUCAUAUUAGAAAAACGCAACAGCUCCAGGUUGAAGAAAAGAAGCGCCUAAAGGCCGAGGAGGAGGAACGUAAUCGUGAGUGGGACUGCCAGCGAGUGAAUGCCAACAAAGUGGGCAUCCUGAUUGAGCGUCAGAUGGAGAGGGCAGCCCGAAACGCACGCGAAAAAAUAGCCCAGGAGAAUUUGCGCCUUGCCCAGGACCAAAUGGCAUUCCAACAAUACCUGAAGGACGAGGUUGGUUACUUUUCUAUUAGUAUCAGCCAUUUGUUUUUGCAUGCGCUACCCAAGCGCCUGUCUGGCGGCACGAAAAUAGCUGAGAUGCUGUUUCGGAGUACUAAUGCCAACAUUAGCAGACGCUAUUUUCGGAGUUUCUGA